CCAGGAGCCUGGAAACAAGCGUUCCACGCAAGCGAGCGCAAACCGAACCGUCGCGGCGUCCGAGCGGAGAGACGCACGCCUUGCUCAAAGGCCGCGGCAGCGGGGAGCAUGUCAUCUGGCUCGAGCUCGGUUGCUGUUUCUCCCUUUCUCUGUGUAUGAGACCCGGGCUCAUGCCAGAGAGUUGUGUUUUUUGGCAGCGAGGAGGGGAUGACGUCGACAGGCGUGGUAAUAACAAUGAGAACACUAUUAAGUCCAGACUACACAGACCCUCUUGGUAAAAAAAAUAAAAUAUGCGGAUAAAAAAUAUAAGACAAAACUCAGGGUGUGGUCGUGACAUGUGAAGUGUAUGUAGAGGGGCGUUCAUACCUGGAGAUUGAUUCUACUUUGAUGUCGGGGUGAAGGCGCACUGGAGUUUCCUGUGAGUCUGGGGGGCGCGCGCACAGAGAACCCGAGCAGUACAGUACAUAGGAAAUGACUCAUAGGAGCUGAACUGCGAGCGUGGGUGUGUGCGCUAUUAAAACAAGGCGCAGACUCCUCGGGGUGACUCACUCUGAUGCUCGCUUUUCCACGCCGAAAACCCAGCGCCGACUGUUAAUCAGAUGAACUUUCGGGAAUCGCGCAGCCGACAGCGAGCAGCUCGUGACCCGCGGACGCCAUGGCUUCGAACGCUCUGUGCGCGAUAUGUGGACUUAUUAUAGCGGCCGUGGCCAAUUUCCACGUCGUGGGCGCACAAAAAAGUCAGUGUGACAGCUCGGAGUUCUGGAACGCGGACCUGGACGUUUGCGUGGCGUGCGCGUCGUGCAAGCAGUACCCGAAGACGCCUUCGUGCAACACAUGUAAACACGUGGAGGACUCGACCGACGUGUGGAAGCUGGCGGCCAUCACCAGCUUCUCGGUGCUGGCCGUCGUGCUGGUCGGCGCCGCUUUGAUCAUCGGGGUCAUGGUGCACCGACGCAAGUCUCACAAACGACCUCUACGUGAACCCAUUGAAGAGACUGCGGGGCCACUUUAUCAAGCUUAAACGUAUCACCUCAUCUUCCUUUGGAAACAGAUGUGACAGCAUCGACGGGCGACUGGUUGGGAGCCGGACCGUGAAAACCUCUGGACCAGGAUCUGAAGACUGCGACUGCAGGGUCGGGGUCUCCUGAGCAGAAAUGGACCAUCUUAACUUAUGAGACUGUGGAGAGAUCCGUUCUCAAAGCUUAGUGCCGGUCCCACCGUGACCACGACUCUCAAGCAGCACCCCUCACACCUCUGUAUGAGUAGCAACAUGGCGCAUAGAGGCUCUAUCAGUGCCUUUAGUUUAUACUUAGGUCGGAUGUAAAAGGCUUGGAUUCAUCCACGCAGCACAUGGAACUAGAACCCGUGCUCCACUGAAUGUAACACAGCCCCUGACCCCCCGCUGGGCUGCAGACCGACCCCCCCCCCUCAUUCCACGGCACCCGUCCGGCACAUCCAGCCGUUUGAAUGUAGCUCCCUUCAGGUGAACUGUCUCCCAGCGUUUGCCCCCUGCUGUACCUCCAUGUUCCCAGCAGCCUGACGAAAGGGGGCAGCGACCCCCGGGACAGCGUACCGCUUGUUUGGGCGUCAUUAACCCCAAGGAGACGCCCAGGUUUGACACUAACCAGCGCGUUAGAAUGUACUGUAGCCGGGAAGCGUCACGCCUGCAGUGUUUUCGGCGAACAGUCGGCGAGGGUGUAGUUUUAUAGCAGAUCAAACCUUUAUUAAUCUCUAAUCAUCGCGCAGUAAGUUGUUGCAGAGAAACAGUCGUCGGUCACUGAGGGCAAACUCACAGAAACGUGGACUCAAAAUAGAUAGCCGUCUAUUUUUCUUUCUUAGAUGUUUAUAUUAUUUAUUUGAAGCAUCCUGCAGUGAUGUUGUUUCUAACUGCAGGGUACCAGCACAUUGUAAAGGGAGGUGAACGAUCCCCACCAGGCCAGUGAAUGACGUCACUGAGCACCAGCUAACACCCUCUGCUUCCUCCUCCUGCUUCCUACCUGUAUAUACUGUACAUGCACUGGCCUCUUUAUCCCAACGCAGCCGUAUAAACCGCUCGUGUAGCAAAUGUAUUUUCACAAUAAAACUGACAACUUUGAUUAGUAA